AUGUCUGACAGUGAACAACCUAAAUGUCCAGUGGAUUAUUCCACUAGAAGCUCAUGGCUAUCCAAAUUAACUGGUGAUAAAAAGGAAGAACCUAAACCAACACCUACACCUGCAUCGGAAGAACCAUCUUGUCCGGUUGAUCACAAUGCUAGAUCAGUGUGGGCAAAUAACGUAUCAGUUCAAGUAACAGCACCUGAAGCUAUUGAAACCACGGGCACUUGUGAUUCAUCUAAAAUACCAAAUACAUUAGAAGAUACCUCCACCACAAGUAUAGAUCUCCCAGCACAAAGAGAACUCAGUUCAAUACCUCGGACAUCAUCAAACACCAAUUGGAUUUAUCCAUCCCAAAAACAAUUUUUUGAAGCCAUGAAAAGAAAAAAUUGGGAUCCUCAUCAAGAAGAUAUGAAAGUUAUAGUACCUAUACAUAAUUUAGUAAAUGAAAGAGCUUGGAAACAUAUAUUAAUGUGGGAAAAACCUUAUUCAGAAAAAACUCAAUUGAAAUGUGGUGGAAUCACUUUAACUAGUUUUAAAGGAGAUCUGAAAAAAUUAACUCCUAGAGCUUGGAUGAAAAGUAUAUUUGGUUAUGAUAAACCAUUUGAUCGUCAUGAUUGGUUAAUUAAUCGUUGUGGGGUUGAAAUAGAAUAUGUGAUUGAUUUUUAUUCUGGUCAAAAUAAUCAAGUUUAUUUGGAUGUUAGACCUAAAUUAAACAGUUUAGAAGGUAUAAAAAUGAGAUUUGGUAGACCAUUCGGGUUCUAA